UGUACAAACCAACGACAAGACAGAAAUGGAUCUCCAAAGAUAAGGACCUUUGCUUCUCUAUUGCUAUCAAUACCACCAACAUUCAACAAGCCUGAAAGAAAAUAAACUAACUACACAUCUUCUCUUCUCUCAGCUCUCCUCAUUCAUCACACACUUGCUCUUCUAUCAUGGUCAUGGCUGCCUUUGUAAUAAUGACUCUCUCCUCUCCUUCUUUGGCCGGAAAAGCAUUGAAACUCACCGGCUCCACCUCAAAGAAUCCCGGCGAAGGCAGGUUCACCAUGAGAAGCACCUUGUCUUGGCCCAGGCAAUCCAUAACUGGUAGCCCAUGGUAUGAUCAUGACCGUGUCAAGUACUUGGGUCCUUUCUCCGGCCAGCCUCCGUCCUACCUCACCGGUGAAUUCCCCGGUGACUACUGCUGGGACAGCGCCGGGCUCUCUGCUGAGCCAGAGACCUUCGCCAAGAACCGUGAGCUUGAGGUCAUCCACGCCAGAUGGGCCAUGCUGGGAACCGUGGGGUGCAUCGUGCCUGAGCUGCUCGAACGCAAUGGCGUCAAAAUUGGUGAGGCCAUAUGGUUUAAGUGGAGCGGUGAAGAACUUGAACGACUUCGGUGGAGCACAGCAGAGGAGACCUUUGGUGGAGCGGUGAAGAGAUUGGACGGAGGAGAGCGUCGAGAGUGCGCGUGAAAUAAA